GCCUAUCUUCUUGUGUUCUCAUCUUUCCUUCUUCUUCCCCUCUCACUACACCACUUCCAGUGAUAGCCUUUCUCACCUCGUGAACGACUUCGGGCUUUGCGUUCACGCCACUUUCCCAAAAAGCUCCAGCAAGCGACAGCCCGCGAUACUGUUGCGCUGCGCGCACGCCUUCCCGAUUGCUUGCAGCCGCCACUUUUGAACGCUUUGCAGCGCACGGCAGAGCUGACUCGAGCUUGGAACUUGAGCCGCGUGCUUUCUUAUCGUCGUCACUAUGUUGAAGCAGGAAGUUACCGAUGCUGUAGCGCAGCAGAAUGCAUCCGGCCGUGCAGAGAUCGAAAGCGGAUCCGUGGAAAGAGUGACAGUCGAGCCGAAGGGAUCAAACAGCUCUCCGGAUUCGCCGACGGAUUUCAAGACUCCCUCUGGACAUGGCCCGAUUCAUCUGGUUGGUGCAGAUCCUUCGGAGCAGCGUCCGGUGCAAACGACUGUUGCAGAGCUUGAGAGACGUGAAGGAGGUCGAUUUGCGUACUUGAAGAAGCCGCAAUUUUACUUCAUCCUGCUUUUGUCACAGGCUCUGGCUGUGACGAUUACCGGAACGAACACAAUUACUUCUCUGCUGCGCGAAGAGAACUGGGCUAUUCCGGCUUUUCAGAGCUUGUUCAACUAUAUCUUGUUGAACCUCAUCUAUACCAGCAUCACGAUCUACAAAUAUGGCUUCAAGAAAUGGGGCAAGAUGAUCUACAAGGAUGGCUGGCGAUACUUCAUUCUUGGAUUCUGCGAUGUGCAAGGCAAUUACUUCACUGUACUUGCUUACAACUACACGACUAUUCUUUCUGCGCAACUGAUCAACUUCUGGGCGAUUGCGGUCGUCCUGCUGGUUUCUAUCAUCUUCCUCAAGGUUCGAUACCACUGGCUGCAAUACGCUGGAAUUUUGAUCUGCUGCGGUGGACUUGGCAUCCUAGUUGCAUCGGAUCACAUUCGUGGCACGAACGGAGGGCAAGCCGUGGAUGCUGUCAAGGGAGAUCUCUUCGCAUUGGUCGGCGCUACAUUCUAUGGACUGACCAAUGUUGCUGAGGAGUUCCUGGUCUCCAAGCGACCAAUGUACGAAGUCAUUGGUCAACUCGCAUUCUGGGCUAUGCCCAUCAAUGGUGUCCAAGCCGCCAUUUUCGACCGCGCAUCUUUCCGUGCUGCACAGUGGAGUGGCCAAGUCGGCGCAUAUCUUGUUGGAUACACCCUACUUUUGACAUGGUUCUACUCCGCGGUCCCUCUUCUGCUCCGCAUGGCAUCUGCAGCGUUCUUGAACAUUGGUCUGUUGACCGGCAACUUCUGGGGCGUUAUUGUUGGAAUCAAGAUCUUCAAUCUUUCGAUCCACUGGAUGUAUCCUAUCGCAUUUGUCCUGAUUAUGGUUGGGCAUUUCAUCUACUAUGGCACUGAAGGAGUUUUGGGUGAGGCGAAGAAGCCUUGGCUUGGCGAGAACCAGGAAGGUGGUGAUGAUGGUAUCGGAAGUGCUCGCAGGAGAUUGGAGAACCCGAAUGCGUUCUUCUAGAUGACUGAUGAUAGCAUCCUGAUAGGCGGUAGGCUCAUACAGCACUAGCAUAACGGCCGUCUUCGUCAAAUGAACAGAUUGUGCGAGACCGAGUUCAUACUGCGUUUCGUGCUGGUUUCUGCGUGUCUCGCAUCG